AUGACGAAUUGUGUGAAUUUAAUAACUCGCCACGGCUCAUUACGAGCGUGGAUAGUGAAUCUGGUGCUCGGGUGGUGUCUGUUUGCUAUUGAUCAUUACACCGUUGCUGGUGUUACAGUUGAAAUAUUUCCCCUGGCACCAUCUACGGAAUCGAUGAUACCGCCGCACAAUCACCGUUCUCACCCAUAUCAUAAGCCAUAUGCCACGGCCAAGAUGAAAAGCCAUAUCAAGCACAUUUUAAACAUUAACGAAGAAAACAGCACCCUGGAUAGUUAUUUGCUGUCGUUGUUUAAUAUGGAAAAUUUAAACCCCACGUACGUGUUUCUGCUCCCGACGGAAGGUAAGAACCAUGUGCGCAAGCUCAUCUACCAGCGCAGCGAUUUUGAGGAGGCCCAGUUCCCGAACGUAACCACCAUCAACAAGUUUAAUGGCAAAGCAAACCGAACGGUGGCCAGCAAACCGGGCAGUGAUAUGAUGCUGGAAAAGAAGAUCUUCGAGCACAUGGAGAAGGACACGAUGGAGGACGACGGUACGCGGAAAGUGAUCGAGGAGAAUGUGCGUACGGAGCGGAAUUUUAUUAAGUUUAUGGAUGAGUUAAAUCGUGAUCUGGAGGAGGAAGAGAAUCGACGGAUGUUGAAGGAAAGUUUGCGCAAGUCGCUGACACGAACGUCCACUACUACAGCACUAUUUACACCCUAUACGUACCGAAGCACGCAAACUAUUAGCUGGGAUGAUCUUGGGUUGGAAGGAUGGGCUGGUGGGUUGCGAGAAAUUCAGGGCCAUCGAUUCGAUCAUCCCGUGCUGGAAAAGCCUAAAACUACCACACCACCACAAACGAUGCUUCACGCGAGCUUUAAUGCAGUUCAGCAGCUUCCGGUACGUCCAACUAUAUCGCUCGGAUCGCCAAUGAAGACGAUCAUUAAUCAGACGGCCGUGGCUAGUGCGGCUGCCCGAUACAAACAGACCGGCGUUCUGCUGAGCGAAAACAUUGGCGCUAAGCUGCAGGAAAUCUACAAACGGACCAACGGGAGUAAUGCUCGGAUCAAGUGGCCAAUCACAAAUAGCCGGGACGCACAUCGGGAUGAGGAUGUGUUUAUAGCGCGCGCCAACAAUCCUUUCGGUCAUUCGACCAAGUGGCGUUGGAGCAACGAAACAGACCAGGAGGAUCCGCUGAAGGUGGAGGUCCAAUCGUCACGUGACGGUCGAGCGAAGCGUGGCGUGUACAACCUUUACUCGAUGAUCAAAUGUGCGACCGGGUGUGAUCCCAUCAUCUACAAGGGUUACGGGUGCUACUGUGGAUUUUUAGGUUCCGGUCAGGCACUGGAUGGUAUCGAUCGAUGUUGCAAGAUGCAUGACUACUGCUACAGCACUGCCAACUGUCCAAUGUUUUUGGAGUACUUCGUGCCGUACCUGUGGAAGUGUUACCGGGGUCGUCCGCUGUGUGCAAUCGAUCACGGUGAGUGGGGUGGACCCGGCUCGUGUGCAUCUCGGCUGUGCCAUUGCGAUCUGUCGCUAUCGAAGUGCCUUCGGCGGUACUAUUGUCCACGGAAGCGAAAUGUCUGUACCACCUCACCGUUGCGGUUACUACAGAAUCUUGUGAUGGUUUUCUAG